UCAUCUGUCAUAAAAUAUACCAGCAAAUUACAACAACAUAACAUCAGGCUAUCAUCGUUGACAUCUCUAUCGAACGAACGGAGUUUCCAAAUCCGCAACGAAUCGACAUAAGUGAGACAAAAUGAUGCAGCCAGUAAAAAUGAUUUUUUCCAGCAUAGCCCGUCGUGGCUUUGCCACCACUUCUCGGGCAGCAGCCGCACAACAAAUGACCGUGAGAGAUGCCCUGAACAGUGCCUUGGACGAUGAAAUGGCACGUGAUGAGCGUGUAUUCAUCAUGGGCGAGGAAGUGGCCCAGUAUGAUGGUGCCUAUAAGAUUUCUCGCGGUCUGUGGAAGAAAUAUGGAGAUAAACGUGUCAUCGAUACUCCAAUUACUGAAAUGGGCUUUGCCGGUAUUGCUGUUGGUGCUGCCAUGGCUGGUCUUCGUCCAGUUUGUGAAUUUAUGACAUUCAAUUUCUCCAUGCAAGCCAUUGAUCAUGUCAUCAACUCCGCUGCCAAAACAUUCUACAUGUCUGCCGGUAUGGUUAAUGUACCAAUUGUAUUCCGUGGCCCCAAUGGUGCUGCUGUCGGUGUAGCUGCCCAACAUUCACAGUGCUUUGCUGCCUGGUAUGCCCAUUGCCCUGGCCUUAAAGUCUUGUCUCCUUAUGAUUCCGAAGAUGCUCGCGGUCUAUUGAAGGCCGCCAUUCGUGAUCCCGAUCCAGUUGUCUUUUUGGAAAACGAAGUCGUAUACGGUACCUCAUAUGCCGUUGAUCCCAAAGUCUUGGACAAGGACUUUGUUGUGCCCAUUGGUAAGGCCAAAAUCCAAAGGCCUGGUAAACAUGUUACACUUGUGGCCCAUUCCCGUGCCGUUGAGACUUGUCUCUUGGGUGCCGCCGAAUUGGCAAAGAAAGGCAUUGAUGCUGAAGUUAUUAACUUGCGUUCAAUUCGUCCAUUGGAUAUGGAGACCAUCUUCAAUUCCGAAAAGACACAUCAUUUGGUGACAGUAGAACAAGGAUGGCCACAAAGCGGUGUUGGUGCUGAAAUUUGUGCCCGUGUCAUGGAGGAUGAAACUUUCUUCCACUUGGAUGCUCCAGUAUGGCGUGUUUGCGGCGUUGAUGUGCCCAUGCCUUAUGCCAAAACAUUAGAAACACAUGCCCUGCCACAACCCAAAGAUGUCGUCGAGGCUGUCCAUAAGGUAUUAGGAGGCAAGAAGUAAAUUCAAUUGUCUCCCAAUACAGAGUUGUUGUUUUAGAAACUUACAACAACAUCCACAACAAAUACCAACGUUUUACUCUACUUUCGUACUCGAUUCUAUCGAAAAAAAAAAAACAAAGAUAUAAAUAAUUAAAAAAAGAUCACCGCCAUUUAUUAGAAAAGUGUAACAAUUAGUAGCCAGAAAUCUCUAAAUCAUUGACAGACAACAAGAAAAAACAAAAGACCCUUUUGGAUUAAAUGUGUAUGUAUUUAUUUUUGUUGCCACCAAUAUUUUUAAAACAAACUAAUUUUUGAACGAAGAACAAAACUAACACAAGAAAGCUAUUUCCAGCAGCAAGGAAGCGAUGGUUUGAAUUUUGUACAUAUAUUGUGUAAAUUGAUAAUGUGAGAACUGCAAGAUCUUAGAAAAAUUGAAUCUUGAAUGCUGCAUUCAUAAAGGAUAUUUUUAAAACAAAUUAUAUUGUUAUUGGCUGGAUUCAAACAAAGUUUGUUUUCCUCAUUUAAAUUAUUACUUUAUUAUAAAAAACAUAAAAAACA